AUGGCAUCUGGCCACGAAAGCUUCCCGCAAAUAGAGGCCUCAGCCGAUACGUCGACUGCUGUUAACGUUAUUACCAGUCCCGGUGCCCAUGCCUGCGCCCAUCAUCUGAGGAAAGACCAUGAAAAUGUCUUGUCUGGACUGAACAACACUAGCACGACAUUGUCCAGCCCUAGUGAUUCAAGACUCGUGGACAAUGGUAACAAAAACCACAAUGUCGUCAAGGACGAUGAUGAUGCUUACAACAACGACGCUAUAGAUCGUGACAAGGACUACUUUGAUACUUUUCCACCGGGGUAUCGCUUCUGUCCGAUGGAUAGUGAACUCAUUGUUUGUUACCUGAAGAAAAAGAUUCUGGGCGAGCUUUUACCCAGGAAUCAGAUUAGAGAAGUUAAUCUUUAUCGCCAGAACCCUGAUACAAUAUCAGGGAGAUAUCCAAGCAUGGGCGAUAAUCAAUGGUUCUUUUUCACACCGAGGGAUAAAAAGUAUUUGAACGGUAGUCGCCCAAAUCGGGCUGCCGGUACCGGUUAUUGGAAGGCCACUGGGGCAGACAAGAAUAUCCACUGCAAUGGUGUCACUGUUGGUGUUAGGAAGACAUUGGUUUUUUAUGAAGGCAGACCUCCCAAAGGUGUGAAGACAAGUUGGAUUAUGCACGAAUACAGGGUUUUAGGACAUCAUAAAAGCAAGAGUGCAAAUGACAUGAGGCUUGAUGAUUAUGUCCUGUGCAAGAUUUAUAAAAAGAAUCACAAAUCUUUCAAAGCUCGGCAAAGGAAUGAUGAAAAUCCUGGUUCAUUUAAUCAAAGCAAUGAUGGAAAUCCUGAUGAUGAACUUGGAGAAGAAAAGGGCAGUUUAUUUGAUCCUCCUCCCGGUAGCAAUGAACAAAGUGGCUGCCCUUACACUUACCAAGCUAACUACACCUAUCCUCAUUUGGAAUCUUUUUAUCAAUAUCCGCCAUCAGAGCAAUUUCCAAUGCUUGCGGGCAUUCAACCACUAUCCAUCGAACCUGCAACAAACCCAGACAUUGCCAAAUACAUCAGUAAUUUUCCACCGCACUACUAUCAUCACGGGGCCAAACCUAUCAGCAGUUUUAUGCAUCCAUCUUCGUUCCUUCCAAUACCUCCUGUCAAUCCAGCUUGGAUUUACGAGCUUGUACAAGAUAAUUUGGAUUUACCGAUGGACUUCACUGAUUAUGGUAAUACAAAUUCUGUGGAUCCUUACCUUGACUUGGACAAACUCUCCUCGCAUGGCUUUGAAAGUCCUUCGAUGCCUCAAGAUUCGCGUGGCUCCCAAGAUUCUUGA